CCCUUCCCCGCCUGCGCUGCCCCCCUCCCUGAGCGAAGACUCGGCCCGCCAUGUUGUGGGCUGAGUGGGGCUCACAGGGACCAGUGGAAGCGCAGACGUGUAAGCUUGUGCUAGGCUAGCUGGCUUGCUAACCAUAGCAACAAUACGCGAAGGCGUAUGAAGCCUCAUCCAACAAAAAAAAGUCGUUUCUCGAAAUAUCCUUGGCGUUUUACGUGAUUUAUUUCCUUAACGUAUGGGUUUAAAUCCCUGGAAUUCCAGUUGUACCUCGAACAAGUUCAGAAGAAUGGUGAUGGCGUGGUUGUGUGUGCUGCCAGCUCCUGGCGUGUGGAGAUGGUUUUAACAGACUCAGUUCUAGAGGACUCAGGAACACGUCACUGGGCUGGAGAGGCUUCCUAACACACACAAACACACACACACACAAAACAGAACAUUCUAUCCACACACACACUUCCUUCUUGAGAGUGUGUGAGCCAAACUCUCCUGUGUGAGAGAGCGUGUCUGUCCAGUGUGUGUCAACCAUCACCAUUGCCGCCAUGCCGAGCUCCACUAUCCGGCGUCAGAUGAAGAACAUGGUCAACAACUACUCUGACGCCGAGAAGAAGGUGCGCGAGGCCACCUCCAACGACUCGUGGGGCCCCUCGUCCUCACUGAUGUCGGAGAUCGCCGACCUGACCUACAACGUGGUGGCCUUCUCUGAGAUCAUGAGCAUGAUCUGGAAACGCCUCAACGACCACGGCAAGAACUGGCGCCACGUGUACAAGGCCCUGACCCUGCUGGACUACCUGAUGAAGACGGGCUCAGAGCGCGUGGCACUGCAGUGCAAGGAGAACAUCUUUGCCAUCCAGACACUGAAGGACUUCCAGUACGUGGACAGGGACGGCAAGGACCAGGGCAUCAACGUCCGGGAGAAGAGCAAGCAGCUGGUGGUGCUCCUCAAGGAUGAAGACAGGCUCAAAGGAGAGAGGUCCCAAGCGUUGAAGACCAAGGAGCGCAUGGCCCAGGUGUCCACCACGGGAGCUGCUGCCCAGAUGGGCUUUGGCAGGGGCUCGUCCCAGCCCAACCUCUCCACCUCCUACUCCGAGGAGUACGGCAAGUCAGAGGGCUCGCCUGCUUCCUACCACGGCUCCACGUCUCCCGCAGCAGGCUCUGAGCUGGAGCAGGCCCGCCCCCAGACCAGCGGGGAGGAGGAACUGCAGCUGCAGCUGGCCCUAGCCAUGAGCAGAGAGGCUGCAGAGCAGGAGGAUCGUAUCCGUCGGGGGGAUGAUCUGAGACUACAGAUGGCUCUGGAGGAGAGCAAGAAAGGACCUUCCACUGAACCUGGCUCUGCCAAACUGGCCAAGAAGAAGAAGGAGCCUCAAUCUUCUCUCAUGGACCUGAUGAAUGUUCCAGAGGGAGAGUCCAGGUCAGAGCCCUGGGGGGCAGGGGCAGCUGCUCCAGACCCCUGGCAGUCCUACGGUGCAGCUCCCAAGCCUGCAGCACCUGUGGACCCCUGGGGACCCCCCUCCUCCUCCUCUGCUCCCCCCAUGAAGAGCAGUGAUCCCUGGGGAAGCAACUCUGCAUCCGGCCCUGACCCCUGGAACUCCAAUAUAGGGACAGGUAGCUUAGACCUGUUCGGUGUGUCUAACGGUGACGGUGGAGGUGUGUCAUCCCUGCCCUCCCACAGCGGAGGAGGAGGGGGCAGCCUCAGUAUGGACCUGUUUGACCCCCUGCCCAGCAGCAACGCCACACGCAAGACCCCUGAGUCCUUCCUGGGGCCCAACGCUGCCCUGGUCAACCUGGAUUCCCUGAUCUGCAAGCCCCCCCAGCCAGCCCCGACCGUCAACCCCUUCCUGGCCUCCGCAGGCUCCGCUCCGGCGCCGGCCGCCCAGGCCAAUCCCUUCCAGCUCAGCCAGCCAGUCCCCCCCACCCUCAACCAGCUGCGCGUCAGCCCCAUGCCCCUGGGCUUUGGAAGCAUGGCGGAGCCCCUGGCCCUGUCCUCCCUGCCCCCCCAGCCCAUCAGCAUGGUGCCUGUGGGGGGCCGCAUGAUGCCAGGUGUGGGGGUGCCAGGGGCCCUCCCUGCCUCCAUGUCCAUGCCCCAGCCCCUCAUGAGCAGCAGCCUGGGCCCCCAGGGAGCCCAGCCGCCCGGAACCACCAACCCCUUCCUGCUGUGAGGUGGGGGAGGGCAAACCCCUUCCUGCUGUGAGGUGGGGGAGGGCAAACCCCUUCCUGCUGUGAGGUGAGGGAGGGUGACACAAGUCCUCCACACCGCCCCCUCCCCUCCUGUCUCUGCCCUACAAGCUGCCCAGUCACCUGCGCCCUCAUACAGUGUCACUCUCCAGAGACUUGAUGGACUAGCAGUGGUGUUUACAGUUUUUAUAUGAGCAGAGAGAGAACUGUCUCUCCUCCACCUCCUCUUCUUUCUCUGUCUCUCUCUGUCUCUCUCCUCCACCCAGGCCCCCCCAUCCCCAGGGAGCAUGAGAGCUGCAGAGCUCAUUCAUCUACUAACCCUUGUCUGUCUGGGAGCAGGUUAUGUAUUUACUCUAAGCUAACCUUUUUAUAACCCCAGCCAGCUGUGUGUGUAUGUGUGUAUGCCAGUGUGUGUCGGUGCUUAUACACUGUGUGUAUUCCAGUGGGCUUCAGUUUAGACUGUGUGUGUGUAGGACUAUGUGGAGGAGGUUACAGUUAGGUAUGUCUGUGUGUGUUACAGCUGACUGUGUGUGUGUUAUUAAGCAGGGAUUUUGCAUAUGCAUUUCUUUCUGUGACUGUUGGCUCACCGCUGGUCCUUAGCCGGAGAGAGAGCAAGGUCGUGACCCCCGGUACUGCUCCCAGCUCUCUGAGGUCACUGCCUAGGUCUGACACUCUCCGACCCUCCACAUGAACUCUGACCCCCCCAGAGGUCAACAACCACAAGAACUGUAAACUUGACAUCACUGUGAGGAAGACCUGCCAUCUGGGUGUGUCGGGGAGGACUCUCUGCCUGCCUGCCUGCUUCCUGGCUAGCUGUGACUGAGGGGAGCACAGAGGCAUUGUGGGAACUGCCCCUCCCCAAUCACCCCUGAUCAGUAUUGAACACGGGGGCGUUUAUCUAAACCCAGCUUAGUGAUACAACUCAUCUCAGUCCCUCACUCCAGACCCUGUGGUGUCACACAUGUUCCUGCCCUCCUCUCCAGGCUAUACAGGCCAGGGGCUGUGGGGAGGGGGGGGGGUUCUACUGGGUCAAAGGGCAGGAUGUGGCAAGGAGGAGCACCACAGAGGACCUGCCUCCUGUCCAGAGGUGUUCAUGUAGGCCUUGCUGAUGACUUCACAUCAGGUUGGAAUCUUACUGUUGUUUGAAUAACCAUGAUCAUGUAUACUUCAGUAAUAUCUGCUCAUUUUUCUUGAUGUCUGUCUCUGCCCGUGUGUGUGUGUGCGUGCGUGUGUCUAGCUGUUUGUAGCCUUCAAGUGUUCUUUAACAAACCUGCCAGAGCUAGCCCAGUAGAGGAGACCUUGAGCUGAUAUCUACUGGUACUAUAGGCCUCUCUCUCUCUCUUCCUCUCUCUGCCCCACCUCUCUUUAUCUCCAUAGAGCAGUAUUUCCUAGAGGGUGGAGGAACAUUCAGGCAGUGUGUGCAUGUUUCCACACAUUGCCGAUGCUGGUUGUGAGAUCUUGAGUGUUCACGAGGUGUGAUCAGCCCACUGCAUCGUGGGACAGAUCUGGGCCCCAAGUGGAUUCACGUUACGUUGGCUAAUCUGCCUGCAAGUUCACUAGCCAUCAAACACACACAGAUCCUAAAGACAGGUGUGUACACACAGGGACACACACAGGGAUGGUGGUUGGAUGACGUGAUUCUAAGCAACAGUAGAUCACACAUGCAGGACAGCAGAGCUGCCAUGUCUUAUUGUCUUUACUUCAUGUUUAUUAGUUAUGUUUUAUUUUCCUCCUAGAUGUAGAGUCCAUAGUCGAGCCUUCCUGUUUCAGGGCUGUAUACUAGCUAAGCCAUGUAUCACUCUUCUCAAACGCUGUCUCUCUAUCUCCCCAUCACCCUGUGUAUGUCUCUCUUCCUCUGUGGUUAUAUAGUACUACUCUAUAAGCACAAGCCUCUUUCUCUUCAGUUGUUACCAAAGUCACAGGAAGUCUGUGAUUUCUAAUUAGUUAUUUUAUUCUUUGUAAACAUUGUUAUUCUUAUUACCCUAACAUGUAGAAACUCUCCAUCAAUCCCUGCCCUAGGAUCCAGUUUUGGUCUUAUUUUACUUCCCUGUUCAGAAAUCACUGUGUGAAGGGUUCCCAUGGUUUUCUCUGGGUGAGCUAGCGCCCUCUCCUGGUCAGCUGUGGUGCUACGGCCAAGAGGCCAGCCCCAGCAGAAAGCCCUCACCUCUCAGGCCAGGGUGAUGCUCCUCAGACCACACACCGUUAAGCAACAUUUAAAUAUGCAAACCUUACAAAUCAUUUGAUUUAAAAAAAUAUAUACUUAACGCUUGUGGUUGUGCGUUUAGUUUUGCCGAAGAGUCUUCUGGAACAUAUCUCAGUGUGUGCUAAGUAGCUCCUCUGUCACAGUGCUUUGAUAGGGUUUAUCAUGGAGGACUAACAUUGUGUACUUGAGCAUAAACAUGUCUGUAUGAGCGUUCAUGGUCCAGUCUGUCUGUAUAUUUACCAUAACCUCAGGAGCAGCCUGCUUUCUGAUGGAUAUGUGCUCAACUCUUUGGCAUUAUAACUGUAUAAUAUAAUUUAUCAUUUGUACUAUUGUAACAUAAUGUUCUGUACCUUAUCUGUGUACUGGUUUUUUGUAGGAGAGUCACAGUGUGGUAUUUUAACACCCUCUAAAACUGCAGCAAGUCACACAACGAACUAGCUGCAAAACAUCCAAAUAAAAAGUCUGACUUCA